AACAACUUCCGGUUCCGGCGGGGCGCGGAGCUUGGAGUGGUACUCAGGUUCUAGCGGCUGGCCACGAUGCCCUUGCACAAGUUCCCUGUCGUUCUGUGGAAGCGGCUACGGCUGCGGGAGGGCAUCUACUCCCGCCUGCCCCAGCACUACCUUCGCUCACUGGAGGAGGCACGGACGCCCACUCCCGUGCACUACAGGCCACACGGAGCCAAGUUCAAGAUCAACCCCCGAAAUGGGCAGCGUGAGCGCGUGGAGGACGUGCCCAUUCCCAUUCACUACCCCCGCGAGUCCCAGCUGGGACUCUGGGGCGGAGAGGGCUGGAUUCUGGGCCACAGAUAUGUCAAUAACGACAAGCUCUCAAAGAGGGUGAAGAAGGUGUGGAAGCCACAGCUAUUUCAGCGCGAGCUCUACAGUGAGAUCCUGGACACGAAGUUCUCUGUAACUGUGACUAUGCGCACCCUAGACCUCAUCGAUGAGGCUUAUGGGUUUGACUUCUACAUACUGAAGACCCCGAAGGAGGACCUGUGCUCCAAGUUUGGGAUGGACCUGAAGCGAGGGAUGCUUUUGAGGCUUGCUCGACAGGACCCUCAGCUGCACCCAGAUGAUCCCGAGAGGAGGGCAGCCAUCUAUGACAAAUACAAGGAGUUUGUCAUCCAGGAGGAGGAGGCCGAGUGGGUCGGCCUGACACUGGAUGAAGCUGUGGAGAAGCAGAGGCUUCUGGAGGAGAAGGACCCUGUCCCUCUGUUCAAGGUCUACGUGGAGGAGCUAAUUGAGCGGCUUCAGCAGCAGGCACUGUCUGAGCCAGCGGUGGUGCAGAAGAGAGCCAGCGGGAAGUGACUGCACAGUGACUGACCCGUGCCUGAUAGCCAGGCUCAAUAUACUUUGUUGUCCCCCAGCCACCUCACCCCUCUACCUUUGGCACUGUGGACACAGUCUGGGGCGGUGACAAGAGCCACUGUGGGCAGUGGGUGAACUGUUCUUGUGUGUGCAACUGUGAAGCUUCUGGAUGUGGUGGACUUUGUGGAGGCCCUAAUGGACAUCUGGUUCCAGGAUUUCUGGAGGCCUGGGGCCUUCUCACUGCCUCUGAGAUCCCCCACUGCCUGCAGCAGAGGCCCAGACAAGUUCACCACAUCUUGGGGGCAGCAUGAGUAAAGUCUGACCCGGGCCACGUGUGUGUUGCCUACUUGGAGGACUGGAGCUCUCCUGCAUAUUCCUUGACCGUAUCACCCCCUGCCCUGCCCCAGGGACCCUGGACAUGGCUGAGAUGGGUGGUGGUU